GUUUUUUUUCCCCCUUCGGUUGCAUCAACACUUUAAUUAAAGUUCGCCCGGCCUCGAGCAAUCACGGCGACGCUGGACGACAGAACAGCAUCCCUUCCAAACCCCCGCUCGUAGGGGCUUCAAUUGAUGGGUAGCUUGCACGUGGCGGCGCGACUGCAGGCGCAACAAUGAGCUGUUUGCUCGGCGUCAAUGCCGGCCCCUUCCGAUCGAGUGUCCGGGCCGCGGCACAACAAUUAUCGAGCCCGCUACCCAGUCGUUUCCUCGUUGCCACGUUUCUACCUAGCCGAUGCUUCUCGUCCUGGCAGUCUUCCACAGCACAUCGGCAACACCCAGAACGGUUAUGGCGGCAGUCUGGCUCGGCUAACUCUGCAGACUCCCGUGCCUUAUUGAGAAGUGCUCGCUUGGCACGCUUGUCGCAGCCUCCCGGGGUGCGCACACUCGGCCUUUUCGGCGAUGCCGUCAUCACCCACUACGUGGACCUACCGCCAAACUACCAUGAUGAGGAGGGGCUUCCCUUCAGGAAAAAAGACCUGGAGGCGCACGAGGUCGUAGCUCUGUUCGGGCCGGGCAUGGGCACUCCUGCGGCAAACAAGUUGCUGAGUAUCUUACACGGCCGCCGAGUUGCCGGAACACUUGACGACCCAGAACUGCGAGUCCACACCAGGCAGUUUAACAAGGAUCAGCAGCGCACCGCCCUCAAGUUCCUACGCAAGCAAGUGCCCGUCGACGAGGUCACGAAUGCCGGCCUCAGAGCCGAGGACGAGCUCGCAUUGCUGGAGAACCCGGAUGCGAACGAAGGCGCCGCCGAGAAAGGGAAGGACAUCGGCCAAGAACUGGGUUACAAGACACGCUUAAAGCUCUACAAGAAGGACGACGCAGGGAGCGGUGCUAAGCCAAAGGACGUCUACGGGACAGGCGCCUUCGAUGUUAUCCGCGCCAAAAACAAGGCAAGAUGGGAAGCAGAGCUCAAGCGACGCGAGGAAGAGAAGCGGAAGCAGGAGGAGGAGGCGGCCCGCGCCGCACCGGGCACGCUGCAGACCCUAGGCCAGAACCAGCCACGCGCCGUUAGCCCCUGGAUCGAAAAGCUAAAGGCUGAGGCAACGUCUGAUCUGAAGGAACCUCCCAAGAUGAAGAUGUGGGAGCGUCUACUACCUUCGGCACUCUUUGCCGGUCUCGUGAUGUUGGGUUUGGAAGCCUAUGCUCAUUUCUACCAGCCGCCUUGCCACGAGAACAGGCUGCUUCCUGACGCAUCUCCGGCAGCAGCCACUGUUGGGAUGCUGAUGCUCGCCAAUCUUGUUGUUUUCGGCAUGUGGAGGGUACCGUUCGCAUGGAAGCUGAUGAAUCGGUACUUUCUCGUUGUAGCCGCGACUCCCCGAGCUCCCAGCAUUUUCGGCGCCCUGUUUUCCCACCAACUCUUCAGCCAUCUCGCGUCAAAUAUGCUCUUCCUUGGGUUUAUCGGAGUCCAGUUCCAUGAAGAGGUCGGAAGAGGCGGGUUCCUCGCAACGUAUUUAGGGACAGGCGUUCUCAGCUUCCUAGGAAGCCUGACGUCGAUGGUUGUGAGGAACAGGAUGGACCUCACGACGCUGGGCGCGUCGGGGGCCAUCUACGGUAUAGCCGGGGCAUACUUUUGGAUGCAUCGGUUUGACGGCUUCAAGGUCCUGGGUCUGCCACCUGACCCAAUGAACGGCAUCCAGGGGCUUAACUUCAUCGGCCUGAUUGUGGCGCUGAACGUGGCGGCCAUGUUCUCGAAGCGGCAUAUGUUGGACAUCGCUUCGCAUUUUGUCGGGCUCGCUGUUGGCAUGGCUGCAGGCCACUUCCUCGAGAAGAGGAAGGAGGAGGCCUCGGGCCCGGUUCAAGCGGACAAGGCGACGCAACUCGUUGGCCGGCUUGUUUCCCAUGACGACAAGACGAACAAGGCUUGAUGGUGAUGGUUGUUGUUUCUGGGAGGAGGUUGGCUGUACAAAAUAGAAUAGCGGGCUGUCCCGUGUUUCCAUAUGUAUUUAUGAGAUGUUUAAAUACCUCGUGUACUUAUAGAACCAAUGCAUGUUGGCUACCUUACUUACAUAUUGACUUCUUCAAGCGCAAUAUAACCCGUCCUGUUUGGUUCUCCGUUUACUUCUUGUGAGAGCUUUGGCAUCUAAAUAGCGGGAUGGAGGUUUCGAUGAGCAAAAGUGUUGGGAACUGACUUUGG